GGCGGCGGGCCGGGCCUGCCGUCGGGCCGAAUGACUCCGGGGGGUUUUUUCCCCACGCCGCCUGCCUGUGGCGACCCGCGCGGUGCAAAGCCGGCAGUGACGGCCUGGCUUUCUGCUCUCGUAUCUUGGACUGGAGGUGGAAGGAGAAGCGCUGAGUAUUUAGUCAUUCGUGUCGUGGGCCUCGGGCCGCCUCGUCGUGUCAGACACCCGCAGCUGCCCGCGCGUGUGCCCGGCGCGGAGAGGAGCUGUUGCAGCAACCUGUCCCUGCGCCCGGGGUGCAGAUACUGUGGAAAUGCUCCCUGGGUGGCAGUGGCCGGUUUGGAAAGGGAACUUAUACACAGGAGGAAAAGGAUUCUAUUGGAAUUAAUGCUGCCGUGGCGUCCUUAUGGACGUAUUUGCCUGCUGGAAGCCGUGUGGUUUUGCAGGAGAAACAGGACCAAGGUGCAUCAUUCCUAGUGAAAUCAAGAAGCCCAAUGUCGCAAAGCCUGUCAAAGUUGUCCAGUAUAACAUUAAUACAGAAGAGCUGUAUUCAUACCUGAAGGAAUUUAUCCAUAUGCUGUAUUUCAGGCAUCUGCUGGUGAAUCCCAGAGACCGUCGUGUCGUGAUCAUAGAAUCUGUCUUGUGCCCUUCCCACUUCAGAGACACUCUCACCAGAGUCCUCUUCAAGCACUUUGAGGUGCCUUCUGUUUUGUUUGCUCCGAGUCAUCUGAUGUCUCUCCUGACACUUGGGAUCAAUUCUGCCAUGGUGCUAGACUGUGGAUAUGCAGAAAGCUUGGUGCUGCCCAUCUAUGAGGGAAUUACCAUCCUGAGCUGCUGGGGUUCUCUUCCUCUAGGAGGAAAGGCUAUCCACAAGGAGCUGGAAUAUCAGUUGUUGGAGCAGUGCACGGUUGAUACAGGAUUAGCCAAAGGACAAAGCCUUCCGUCUGUGAUGGGCUCAGUUCCAGAAGACAUAGUAGAGGAUAUAAAAGUCCGCACUUGUUUUGUGAGCGAUCUCCAACGUGGACUGAAAAUCCAAGCGGCCAAAUUCAACAUCAAUGGCAGUGCUGAGCGUCCUUCACCACCCCCAGAUGUGGACUAUCCUUUAGAUGGAGAAAAGAUUCUCCGUGUAGUGGGCCCCAUUAGAGACUCCGUGGUUGAAAUACUAUUUGAACAGGAUAAUGAAGAGACAUCUGUUGCCACUUUGAUCUUGGAUUCACUCAUUCGGUGUCCCAUAGACACCAGGAAGCAGUUGGCAGAGAACUUGGUCGUGAUUGGUGGCACUGCCAUGUUGCCAGGAUUCCUGCACAGGCUCAUGGCUGAAAUCAGGUACCUGGUAGAGAAACCAAAAUACAAAGAAGCACUUGCUACUAAAACCUUCAGAAUCCACACUCCACCUGCCAAACCCAACUGUGUGGCCUGGCUGGGAGGAGCCAUUUUUGGAGCACUUCAGGAUAUACUUGGCAGCCGGUCUGUGUCCAAAGAAUAUUACAGCCAGACAGGCCGCAUCCCUGACUGGUGCUGUCUCAAUAACCCGCCGCUGGAAAUGAUGUUUGAUGUUGGAAAAGCACCCCCACCGUUGAUGAAGAGGGCUUUUUCUACUGAGAAAUAAAACACUUAAAUGCUCCAUGAGGACUCUCCGAGGAUUCAUCUCUUUCAAGUAGAUAUGUGUGCAUUGGCUUCUUUUUUUUAAUGAAGUAAUUUGUGUGUAACACUAUUAAAGAUGAGCAAUGUGGAUGUUUGGAGGGAGUGUGUUGGUAGGUACUAACACUAUUUAAACCCAUGUCCAGUUGUAGUUAACUCUAGCAACUGCUGUGUUCUUUUGCCCACUUUUGAAGAAAUUCUGUACCAUUGUGAGUUGUAGCCUACUGAGCUGUUUGUUAUUUAUCUGUACAGUAAAUGACAUUGCUGAAAA